AUGGCCAACAUACACACAAGAGCAAUUAGCACACGGGAUGCGAUAAAUUACAUUCGUUUGUUACUCUUGAAGAAGAGACUUGAUCUCCAGGAGAAACUCCAAUCACUUCUCCGUCCUACGAACCAAGGAAAUUUGACCACGAGAGUUGUCAACCAAUCGAAGAGGAAUCUCUCACCUGCGGAAAUCACCCUCCUAUCCAAGGGAAUAGAAUUUAAUCAUGCGGAUGCCACACCUACCGACUUCCUAGUUGGGCUUGAGUCUAUUCUACUGGCCUCCAACAUUCCGGAAGACAUGAGCGCGAACCUACGAAGCUGCGCCACCGGUAUUCUCCGGCAAAAAGGAUACCAACAAAAUCUACCGGCCGAAGAAGAGCAAGCAUUACGAUCAUUGAAGUCGGAUCACAGUAUUGUCGUUGUUCCCGCUGACAAGGGUGACGCUACUGUCAUCAUGGACAAAGUUGAAUACGUUAACAAGGCGAAUGAAAUCUUCAGUGACAUGGAGGCCUAUACCCUUCUUGCUGAAGAUCCGACUAAAAAGCAAGCCGCUGCCAUCAAAAAGAAGGUUAAUGAGCUCGCUCGUUUGAAAGUUAUCAGUCCAGAUGACUCCUAG